GCGAGACACACUGAGAGGGAGACAGAGCCCCACAGUGAGAGGAAGGAAGGAAGGAAAGCAGCAGUCGCCAGCAGCCGAUGUGAAGACCGGACUGCAUGUGCCCUUCGCCGCCUCUGCCCGGCCUCAUCGAUGUUGUGUCCGCCGCCCGCUCGCCCAGAUCACCAUGAACGCGCAGCUGACCAUGGAGGCGAUCGGGGAGCUGCACGGGGUGAGCCAUGAGCCGGUGCCUGCCCCUGCCGAUUUGCUGGGCGGUAGCCCCCACGCGCGAAGCUCCGUGGCGCACCGCGGCAGCCACCUGCCCCCCGCGCACCCGCGCUCGAUGGGCAUGGCGUCCUUGCUGGACGGCGGCAGCGGCAGCGGCGAUUACCACCACCACCACCGGGCCCCCGAGCACAGCCUGGCCGGCCCCCUGCACCCCACCAUGACCAUGGCCUGCGAGACUCCCCCAGGUAUGAGCAUGCCCACCACCUACACCACCUUAACCCCUCUGCAGCCACUGCCGCCCAUCUCCACCGUCUCGGACAAGUUCCCCCACCAUCACCACCACCACCACCACCACCACCACCCGCACCACCACCAGCGCCUGGCAGGCAACGUGAGCGGUAGCUUCACGCUCAUGCGGGACGAGCGCGGGCUGGCCUCCAUGAAUAACCUCUAUACCCCCUAUCACAAGGACGUGGCCGGCAUGGGUCAGAGCCUCUCUCCCCUCUCCGGCUCCGGUCUGGGCGGCAUCCACAACUCCCAGCAAGGGCUCCCCCACUAUGCCCACCCGGGCGCCGCCAUGCCCACCGACAAGAUGCUCACCCCCAAUGGCUUCGAAGCCCACCACCCGGCCAUGCUCGGCCGUCACGGGGAGCAGCACCUCACCCCCACCUCGGCCGGCAUGGUUCCCAUCAACGGCCUUCCUCCACACCACCCACACGCCCACCUGAACGCCCAGGGCCACGGGCAACUCCUGGGCACGGCCCGGGAGCCCAACCCUUCGGUAACCGGUGCGCAGGUCAGCAAUGGAAGUAAUUCAGGGCAGAUGGAAGAGAUCAAUACCAAAGAGGUGGCGCAGCGUAUCACCACCGAGCUUAAGCGCUACAGCAUACCACAGGCCAUCUUCGCGCAGAGGGUGCUCUGUCGCUCCCAAGGGACCCUCUCGGACCUGCUGCGCAACCCCAAACCCUGGAGCAAACUCAAAUCCGGCCGGGAGACCUUCCGGAGGAUGUGGAAGUGGCUGCAGGAGCCGGAGUUCCAGCGCAUGUCUGCGCUCCGCUUAGCAGCCUGCAAAAGGAAAGAGCAAGAACAUGGGAAAGAUAGAGGCAACACACCCAAAAAGCCCAGGUUGGUCUUCACAGAUGUCCAGCGUCGAACUCUACACGCGAUAUUCAAGGAAAAUAAGCGUCCUUCCAAAGAAUUGCAAAUCACCAUUUCCCAGCAGCUGGGGUUGGAGCUCAGCACCGUCAGCAACUUCUUCAUGAACGCGAGGAGGAGGAGUCUGGACAAGUGGCAGGACGAGGGCAGCUCCAAUUCGGGCAACUCAUCUUCUUCAUCAAGCACUUGUACCAAAGCAUGAAGGAAUAACCACGAACUCAAACCUCGGUGGAAAAGCUUUAAAUGAAAAAAAAAAAAAAAAAAAAUUUUUUUAAA